AUGUAUACUUUGAUAUACUUUAAUUUGAUUCGCAAUCUAAGAUAGUCUGCAGUGCAACUUUCUCCAUUGUAACAAGACAAACUGUGUUAAACAGUAUGGAAAUGGAAACUAUUUAAGAAACAUGAUGCAGCUAGUAAGACAGGACCUUAUGCGCUCGCUGGAGUUUGUUUUGCUAGCGUUUCCUGUCGUCUGCUAUUUUUCAACAUACCUGGAAGGACAAGAAGACUGUAAAAAUGGACAAGUAAAGACCCUUGCGGUUUCUUCAAUAGGAAAUGUCUUUGUUGCUACUAGUAACAACAUUUGCCAGUUCCAAAACUAUAGUAUUUCACCGGACGAUUUACAAUCUGAAAUUGACAUAACCGGAGAAAUUUCAGUUUUCAAGCUUUUCAAAUACAUGAGCGAAGAGUACUUAUUGAUGUGCAAUUAUACGUCAUGUAUCACAUAAAAUACCUCUAACAUUUCACAGUACGAUGAGAGUUUGGCGGGAUCUUCUUUGGGGGGAGAGCAUUCGGCGCAAGUUGUCUUUGUACCUUGCCCAGAGUCUAAAGAAUUCUGUCGUCUUUACUCAGCUAUCAGCGGCAGCAGAGAUGUAGAAACAUUUUCGGAGCGAUAUUUGUAUAAGGCCGAUGGUGAGUUAAAGAUAUCCUAUAGAAACGAGAACGCAAGACAUUAUUACAUAAAAUCAAAACCGGGUCAAAAAUUUGAAUUCAUAUAUUCAUUUUAUUCAAGGAAGGGCUUCGUUUACUUUCUGAGGAACACAUUGACUUCAGACGGAAGAAGAGUAGCAUACAUUAGUCAAAUGUGUUCAAAUAAAACGAGUCAUAAUGACUUCCGGUCAUAUAUGGAAAGCAAGCUAGAAUGCAAUGAUUAUACAAUCCUGAUAGCGGCAUUCCAUGUCCAGACCCAAACGGAAGAUUUUCUUCUAGCAUCUUUUAGCGGAUCGCAAACGAAAUAUCCUGGUUCUAUCUUGUGUAAGUUUUCAAUGACCGCCGUAAAGGAAUACUUUGAGGAUGAACAGCGGGAUUGUUUUGACGGAAAUAAAGGCAGUUUUCCGAGUUGGAUACAGCCACCUGGAGAAUCAUGCGUCAAAAAAGUGAACUUACUUAAUAUCAAGUGUGGUUAUACGGACAAGAACACGCGCAUUGUUUUUGAUGGUUUGUUAAAAAAAUCCGACAAGUCAGUCUUUUCUAAACCCUCAGAGAAGAUCACUUCAGUUGUAGUUACACCCUACGAAAACAUCUUCGUCGGAUAUCUGGGGACCGACUCUGGAAUUUUGGAAAAGAUUUUAUUCAACUCCUCUUUUGGCAAUUCGGUCACGGUUUUUCGAUCCAAAGGUAAUGGACAAAUCAGAAGCUUGACUUUAAGCAAUGACGGAAGCAGUUUGUUUUACAUUGAAGACACAAAAAAGAAGUCUCUACGGACGUGGGAUUGUGCGGUACAUACUACUUGCUAUGGAUGUCUGAGCGACAUAGUCUCCUGCAUCUGGCAGCAAGAGCCGUAUGAUGGUGUACAGCCGCCUAAUGGAAGGUGCAUUUCGAAUGAAACACGUGUAGAAAAAACAGCUGAUGUCUUCCAUUACUUCUGUCCACCACUGGUUUAUAACGUUCACCCGAAUAAAGGACCAACUGUUGGUGGGACUGUGUUGAAUUUGACUGGCUUGAUGGACAAUCCAGCUCGAUAUGGAAAGAAUAGCCAGAAUUAUCGGGUACCAGCCAUCGUCACUAUUGAAAACGCGACGUGCAAUGUCAGUGACGCCACAGAGUUUCCUGUUAGACUGGAGUGUAUAACACCCGUGGCACAAACAGCAGGAGCCUUCCGCAUUUCAUUAGAAAUGCACAAUAACGUCACAAAUACUUCCAUUCGGGGCAGAUUUCAAACAAUAGUGUCCAAAGGUCGGGCCGACUACCAACCGGAAUUUGUUUACGUGGAUCCCGUGCUGUUUGAUCGCGGAGUUGUCUAUGAGAGUGUAAAACUGUCUGGGAAGAUACAACUGACUAUACGCGGGGAAAAUCUUGACAUUGGCAGUACGAGACGCGUGCUUAUUGGUGAACAUGAUUGUCUUAUUACUGAAUUUGACAGAAUCGAGGACAAUAAGAUUACAUGUCGUUCUCCGAAACUAAAUGAUGCUAGAAAUUACACGAUAGUUUAUGAGAUUGACAAUACCCGAGUGUUUGGUCCGGUGGUAACCUACACGCCUGAACCUGUAGUCCACGACAUACAACCUAGAUCAUCUAUAGUAAGCGGGGGUUUGACACUGACCUUAUCAGGCGAAAAUCUAGAAGGGUUUGGACAAACUUGUCAGCUGAGUCUGGACGACAACAACAUCACUGAAAUGAAUGUAAGUUUCUGUGAGAUUACUUACGAAGCAACUGAUGCCGUUUUAUUGUGUAAGACAACAGCGUUUGACAGUUUGAAUAGUCUCCCGUUUUGGACAGUUCCCACUUUGUUUAAUGUUUAUGGAAAGCUGCGAACGAUCGACCGGCUCCCGGUUCUUAUUGUAGAAGAUCCUGUCAUGGAUCGCGACGACCAAAUCAUCCCGAUCUCAGUAAAUACAAAUGAGACGGAAAUUUACUUUAAGGGGUCAAUGUUAGCAAAUAUUAGCAAACACGACGUCAAAAUAUCAGUUGGCAUUACCAGGUGCGUUGUUAAUGAAGUACAUGAAGACGGCAUAUUGUGUGAAGUGUUUGAUCUUGUGUCGGCCACAGAUGGGCUAAAGGGAAGGGUCAAGUGUGAAAUAGGGUAUCGGUCCUACGAUGUGGGCACAGUUGCUUUCCAGAUUGAGCAACAGCCACCAGUCAAUGUUGCCAGUCGCCCUCAGAGCAACUAUAAUAGCGCAGUAGUCACCGGCGCCGUUAUGUUCGGUCUGCUUGUUGUCGCCGUCGUCGGCAUUGGAAUAAAGAAAAUAAAAAACAAAAGGCACCGAUCUCUAGAUGAACCAUACAACGUGCAUUACCGCCGGGACAGCAAUGUGCCCACACAGGGCGGCCUCUCAGAGAGCCAUACCUCUGAGGUUAUACAGAAUAGACAAAAUGAGCACAGGAAUCUGAGAGGAGAAGCCCAGGAUAAUACAUUUGUUAAAGAAUCUGAACCACUUCUUCCAGUAAUUGAUGAAGACACCCAAGCUAUGUUUGCGCAGAAGAAUCUCAUUAUUUUAAACGAAUGCCUUAUUCUGGGAGAAAUAGUAGGACAAGGGCACUUUGGCUGCGUGUAUAAAGGAUAUCUCACUCUUCCAAAUGAGAAUGCGGAGAAAAUUGUUGCUUGUAAAACGCUCCAUCGAAACAACCCCAAAGACCUAGAUGUGAACAUGUUUUUGAAAGAAGCUUUGCUAAUGAAGGAUUUUCAUCAUAAAAAUGUUAUGGAGCUGAUAGGGAUUUGUCUGGGAGUUGACAAACUUCCGCUUGUCGUGCUCCCUUUCAUGAGGAAGGGAGAUGUACUGUCUUACAUCAGGGACGUCAAUAAUCAACCAACAGUAAAGGAGCUGGUAGUGUUUGGAGUAGAUAUUGCAAAUGGAAUGCAUUAUCUCUCGCAACUGAAAUUCAUCCACCGCGACCUAGCUGCAAGAAAUUGCAUGAUCGACGAUAACAUGAGGGUAAAGGUAGCAGAUUUUGGCUUGACACGUGACGUAUAUGAGAAAGAAUACUACAGUUCUUGUGACAAAAAGGCGCAGCUGCCGGUUAAAUGGAUGAGUCCAGAAAGUCUAGAGUUUGGGCUGUUCACACACAAGUCAGACGUGUGGUCAUUCGGUGUUGUUCUAUGGGAGCUUCUGACCAGGGGUGUGAACCCUUACCCAACAGUAGAUAACUGGGAUAUUCUGAGAUACCUAAAAGAAGGCAGAAAACUGAACAAACCUGACUUUUGUCCCAAUGAAAUGUAUCGCAUUAUGCAACAAUGUUGGAAUUGGGAUCCGGAAGAAAGACCAUUGUUUGGAGAUCUGACCAUCAAAAUCCCUGAGUUACUCAGGAAACUAGAGAGAGCAUCUGAGAAACGAAAACAACUAGAAACAAGCUAACACAUAAACAUUCAGAAAGUAGUUUUCAUACGCAUGAAAACCUUCUUCCGGCAAAAUUGUCAUUUUUCAUUUCAUUAUGUCUGUGGAGGUGGUUGAUUGAAUCUUGAACAUAGUAUGAAUGUGGUUGAAACUUUAACGAAUGACUAUGAACAUUUAUUGAAAUCCUCGGAAUAUGCAAGUUUAUUUACCUAGAAUUUUAAAUGUAUAAGUUCAAAAUCAUUUCAAAACGUUCUACGUACAUUUUCAAAAAAGAAAUAUAUUAUUGUUUCAGUAUAUUGGGAAACACACCUUUAUAUCUGAUUUGUUUAUCUUGUUAAUUUAGUUUAAUUCUGCCAACACAUGUUAUGUAUGUAAAUAUAUAUGUUCUUUUUAUUUUGUGACAAUAGAAUGUCAUAUUGCAGUGUUACAUCGAAGGAAAGUCUCCACAGCUUUUAUGAAUAUACUCUAAAACAGUGAAAAGUAGAAAUUAAUAGAAAGUUUGCCUACAAACCUGAAAGACAUUUAUUUCAAAACUUAAACUUAGUUCAAUUUUAGUACAGUCACUUUGAUUCCUUAAUUUUCAGUGAAUCAGCGAAAAUGUAUGUCAUUGAGUGAAAUAUUGUGAUAUCCCUCCAAAACCAUAAGUUUAAAAAAUACGAAUGACAGCUGAAUGUCACAUACAUGUUGUUCAUGAACGUAGGCCUGACAAUUGCUGAUAUUGUAUUCUUUACAUGAGCUGUAUAUGUAACUUAAUAUAUACGGGGGCCUAGUAUGAUAUUCGGCAUUUAAUGUCAAGCCUGUUCGUUCGUUGUCCAUUAUAUCUUUAAAAAACAUGUUAACUACCUUGCUAAUUUCAACCAAACUUUAAAGGAGUGUUUCUUUUAUGGUCUCCGUUUAGUUUCCUUUUAAUCUAGGUCAUCCGUGCAGAAUUACCUUACAAGUCGUAUCCUCAGAUUUCGAAAUAGUUUUACAGCAAUGUAUCUUAGGUGACAUUGUAUUAUGUUCAGUCUGUUUAAAAAAUGGCCGCUAGGGCAUGGGGCUU